AUGUCUGCACUCGCGUCAUUAACAACUUCUGUGAUAAUCCUUGAGUUUAUGAACAUUUCCCUCUUACUACUCCUCGUGUUUACGCCUGCUCCUAAACACCCUAUUGUCAAAGCCCUCAUGAUCUCUUGUCUCCUUCGCUCCGUGUUGGACAUCCUACCUCCUAUAGUACACAAAAUCAUCCCUCAAAAGCUCGGCAUUCAUAUAACGAAACAUCCAGCCACAGUCAACUUCUGCAUCGUAGACUCUAUAUUGCUUAAUUAUGUCACCGUGGUCAAAGCAGCAUUCGCUGUCAACUUUACCUUGCCAUUCCUGGGACUUGCUCUCCUUCAGGCCAAGCCAAAGCGCAGCGCGGAUGAUCAUCCUCACCUUACGAGACGCAACGUGUGGAUCCUGUGCGUCUCUCCGUUCUUAUGGGCGCUGCCUGUGUUGCUCACCCCUAUUCAUGUUCUCUCGCAGGGAACCCCAAAGUCGGUACAAUAUAACAUCACUUCAUGUUACUUCGACGAUCCUGCCUUCACAAUAGUGUCCCUGAUCUUCACUCUCAUACCACUUGCCGUUUCCACCAUCGUCGCCGCCGUUCUAGCCGUCGUCAUCUGGCGCUUCUCCACCAUGCUCGAUCGCACGGGGUGGCACUUUGCGAAGACGAAGCGAUUCGCUCGGUUUGGGGCCCUCGUCUUGGUGACUAUGAUUUCAGCAUCACUCUACACGGUGGUGCUUUCACAAUGGAUCCACUUGCGCCGCCGAUGGCCCGACGGGGAUGGUACGUGGACACAGGACACCGGGUGGGUCAGAAUUAUCCGCACAAGCGUGCUUUGGGAA